GCAUUGGCGGCUAUAGCCUCGCUCUGGUCCCUGCGGCUGGCGGCCGAGCCGUGAGUCUCCUCCUCCGCCGCCGCCAUAUUGUCUGUGUGAGGAGAGGAGAGCGCGGCUCCUGCCGCUGCCGCUUCCACCGCAGAAAUCAAGAUGACUACCAGCUUGUUCGAAAAUUAGGCAGGGGAAAAUACAGUGAAGUGUUUGAAGCCAUCAACAUCACAAAUAAUGAAAAAGUUGUUGUUAAAAUUUUGAAGCCAGUAAAAAAGAAGAAAAUUAAGCGUGAAAUAAAGAUUUUGGAGAAUUUGAGAGGUGGUCCCAACAUCAUCACACUUGCAGACAUUGUAAAAGACCCUGUGUCGCGAACCCCCGCCUUGGUUUUUGAACAUGUAAACAACACAGACUUCAAGCAAUUGUACCAGACAUUAACAGACUAUGACAUUCGAUUUUACAUGUACGAAAUCCUAAAAGCCCUGGAUUAUUGUCACAGCAUGGGGAUUAUGCACAGAGAUGUGAAGCCCCAUAAUGUCAUGAUUGAUCAUGAGCACAGAAAGCUAAGACUAAUAGACUGGGGCUUAGCUGAAUUUUACCAUCCUGGCCAAGAAUAUAAUGUCCGAGUUGCUUCCCGAUACUUCAAAGGUCCAGAGCUACUUGUAGAUUAUCAGAUGUAUGAUUAUAGUUUGGAUAUGUGGAGCUUGGGUUGUAUGCUGGCAAGUAUGAUCUUCCGGAAGGAGCCAUUUUUCCAUGGACAUGACAAUUAUGAUCAGUUGGUCAGGAUAGCCAAGGUUCUGGGAACAGAAGAUUUAUAUGACUAUAUUGACAAGUACAACAUUGAAUUAGAUCCACGUUUCAACGAUAUCUUGGGCAGACACUCUCGUAAGCGAUGGGAACGUUUUGUCCACAGUGAAAACCAGCACCUUGUUAGCCCUGAGGCCUUGGAUUUUCUGGACAAGCUCCUGCGAUAUGACCACCAGUCAAGGCUCACUGCGAGAGAGGCCAUGGAGCACCCUUACUUCUACACUGUUGUAAAGGACCAGGCUCGAAUGAGCUCAUCCAGCAUGCCAGGGGGCAGUACACCUGUCAGCAGCGCCAAUAUGAUGUCAGGGAUUUCUUCAGUGCCAACCCCUUCACCCCUUGGACCUCUGGCAGGCUCACCAGUGAUUGCUGCUGCCAACUCCCUUGGGAUGCCUGUUCCAGCUGCCGCUGGCGCUCAACAGUAAUGACCCCCAUCCAUCUCCUGAUGCCUAAGCAGAGGUGGGGAAGUCCACCCUCUCCUUGAUGCAGCUUGCGCCUGGUUGGGAGGGGUGAGAACAUUUCAGAAGCACCGUGUCUGAACCGUUGCUUGUGGAUUUAGUAGUUGAGUCAUAAAAAAAAUUAUAAUAGGCUGAUUUUCUUUUUUUUUUUUUUUUUUUUUUUUUUUUUUCAACUUGAACUUUUCAUAACUCAGGGGAUUCCCUGAAAAAUUACCUGCAGGUGGAAUAUUUCAUGGACAAAAUUUUUUCUUUCCUUCCAAAUUCAGUUCAUCACCACUAAAGAUCAAAGAUAAACUUGGCCUCAAUCCCAGAUGCUGUGUUUGGGGGGAGAUUUCUUCCCCUUUCCACAUUGCUCUCCCUACAUUACUAUACUUUUGGGGGUUGGAUCUUAUGCUCUUCUCCAGAGAUUAUAAAAAUCAAGGAAGGUGGAAAGAAGAAAGGUAGGGAGGAUUCAGUCCAUCCUGAACACCGUUCUGCUGGUCACAUCAUCACCUUCUCCAGGACUGCGUCCAUGGGUUAUUCCAGCUCUGGUGGCAGUGGAUCUGUCUUAGUUACAUCAAGAUGUUAAAAGUCUACCCGACUUGCAGACAGAUCCUAAAGCUUUUCUGAAUGAAUCAUGUCUUACUGACCUAACCCUAAAUCAUUUUAAUUUUAGUUUAGUUUAAAUCUGUGAUACUUUCCUUCCUGGGCUCUUGCUUUGGUCUUUCCCUUUUCAUCUCUUGACAUACUGUGCUUCAUAGCUGGUAGGAAAGGGAAGGCAAAAUCUUUUUCAGUUUUCUUUGACUUGGCCAUUUUGAAGUCAGUUAGUUACUGGGCGUAAUUUAUUGCUUUUUAAAAAAGAAAUACUGUCCAUAUAAGUUUCAUGCUAGCACUCUUAAGAGCUAACGGGUGAUGUGGCCAUACUGGGUUCAUUUUAAGCUUUGUAAUUUUUUUCUCCUCCUACCUUCCCCUUUCUUUAUAUGCCAUCUAGUGAGGAGACCUGCUCUCAGAGUUGUAAUUGUGUCUGAGAGGCAGGAGCAGAGCCACUGUCUGCAGUAACCCAGAAAUGGUAGACCUGUAAUUGUGGGAAACUGUCAGCUCUCUUGUUAUGGCCCUGCCAUCCCUUGCUGUGUGUAUAUAUAUAAUACUUUGUCCUUCAUAUGUGAAAGAUCCAGUGUUGGAAUUCUUUGGUGUAAAUAAACGUUUGGUUUUAUUUAUCAA